GCGAUUGAUUUCAUUUUGCAACGUGAAGUGCUCGGGAUCGGUUGCAGUGAUCAGUUGACGUGCCUUUUGGAACAUAUAUCGGUGUAAUACUUUUCAAUCAUUAUCACUUAAAUUGAAGUUGAAUCACAGGAUAGUGAAUAUGGCUGCAGCAUAUCCUUUCUAUCCGGAGUAUAGUGCAAAUUAUAUAAGCGCCUGUUAUAAUUAUGGACAACCUACGCCGGACUAUCAGAGUGGGUAUGGAUACCCAUCUACAGUUUCACAAAGUACGAGUUAUCAAAGUUUGCACCCAAGUCAAUCGUCCAAUAAUUAUCAUAACGAGCGCGUUGAAUCUACAUCUACGACCUAUAAGACUCCUCAAAAUGUGACUUCACCAUAUGCUACGGAACAAGAUAGUUCUACUGCAAGAAAUAAUGGCAACUAUUAUGGGUACUAUCACCAGCACGGCUAUCACGGUUAUUAUCAACAGUCAUUGAACAAUCAACAAGCCUAUAAUCAAUAUCAAUGUGACUAUUUUUCGCAUUCUAAUGAACAAUCUACUAUGAAAGAAGCGAUAACAAAGAUAAACGAUGAAGAUAUCCAUCAAAGCGGAUUUGAAGCAAAAGCAUAUCAACGUAUGCACGAUGGACAAACUAUCAAUAAGCAAUCUAUAACAAACGAUAUCACGGUUUCGGCCAAAAGGAAAAGGUCAAUUGAACCAGAGGAUUCGCCAGCUCUAAGAGCUUUACUGACAAAUCCAGCAAAAAAACUGAAGUACAACCCAGGAUAUAGUGCUUCUACUAUCACUGAUAGCAUGGUCCCAGCAAAUGACCGCAUCGUCCCUGAAUUCAUCCCACCCUCACCUAAUAAGACGGACGACAGCAUUGAUAGUAUUUUGGAAAUAGCAAAUACUGGUUUCGAAAGCAGAUCGUAUCCCGGGGCCAAGGCUGUUACUUCCUCUACUACCGUAGAGCCCAGCUAUGAAUGCGUUAGUACACCGCCACUUUCGCCAAAAUAUGCCGACUCUGCUGCAUCAUCGCCCUCACAACUAGAGUCGGAAGGUAAUCGCAAGGAAUUAUCCAAACGCACUCGCCAGUCAUAUUCGCGCUUUCAAACAUUGGAGUUGGAGAAAGAGUUUCAUUCAAACAAAUACCUAACCAGAAGGCGCCGAAUUGAAGUGGCAAAUGGAUUAAGACUAACUGAACGUCAAGUUAAAAUUUGGUUCCAGAACCGAAGAAUGAAAGCAAAAAAAGACAAAUCUAUCCAAAGCCCAGAGCAAUCAUUCGAUGUUUCGGAAAGGUCUGCAUACUGCCUUCCAACGAAUUUCACUUCUCAACUGGAUUAUAGUUCAUCCCAGGCAUUAGAACCACAGUUACAGCAGCACUAUAGAUGUUAUGAUGCACCAUCCCAUCUUGCAAGUAGUUAUCAACAAUGUUCAUCACUUUUGUAACUGUACGGCUAAAUGGAAUUAAAACUGUACGUUCCUAGUGAUUGAAACGCGUGAUGCCUUUAUAGCCAACUAACCAUGUUCCUAUUAAAUAUAAGUGUGUGAUAUACGUAAGCGAAAUUUGUAAAAAAUGUACAGAUAGAAGAAUAGAAAAAUUAUUUUUAAUAAAAACAAACAUUAGCCCUUCA